AAGCAUAUAAAGAAGUCCACAAGUCAAAAGCUGGAGGAUCAGAAAAAGAUCUACACUGAUUGGGCAAACCAUUAUUUGGCCAAGUCCGGUUGUCCGAGGCUUAUUAAGGACCUGACUCAGGACAUACCCGAUGGAGUUCUGCUGGCAGAAAUCAUCCAGAUAAUAGCUAAUGAAAAGGUAGAAGAUAUUAACAGCUGCCCCAAGAGUCACUCUCAAAUGAUUGAGAAUGUGGAGGCUUGUCUGAUUUUCUUAGGGGCCAGAGGAGUCAGUGUUCAAGGGCUCUCUGCUGAAGAGGUGUGUAAUGGGAAUCUGAAGAGCAUCCUGGGUCUGUUCUUCAUCCUGUCCCGCUACAAGCAGCAACAGCAGCACCAGCAGCAGUACCUGCAGUCGUUAGUGGAGCUUCAGCAGCACGUCACACAUCAGACCACAGGGGCGGUGCCAGCGAGCCAGCACAAAACACAAGACAUGCAGUCCAGUCUCACCGCACGAUAUACAAGUCCACCAGGUCACAGUGGAAUAGCAGCCCCUCAGAAGAAAAACACAAGGUUACCAGGUCUCUCCAAAGUCCCCGCUGCAGGCAGCGGCAGUAGCAGUAGUAAAGCCCACGGAUCCUCAAACCUGAACCGAAGGAGCCAGAGCUUCAACAGUAUUGACAAGAGCAAACCACUGCAAUAUGCUAGCGGCAAUGACAGAGAGUCGGUGAAGGGCAUUCCUCUGCCAGGCAGCAUGAACGGCAGUGGCUCGGUGCCCUCCAGCACCAGCGGGCAGCAGCUGGCCUCUGCCAUCCCCUCUCCCACUGCUGCAAAGACCUGGCGAAGCAAAUCCAUGAACAUGAAGCACAGUGCCACCUCGUCUAUGCUGGCCACCAAGCCACCCAGCCCAACCGCUUCCCCAUCCCCUCCCUCGUCAUCCGAUCGCCUCCGGCCCCCAAUCACAGACUCCUCCAAAUCAGCCCCCGGAAACCAGCGCUCCAUGUUGGAUAAAUUCCGGCUCAUCAACCCUAGAUCCGCGUCCAGAACCUCACCCUCAGUGGCUGAAAUGGCUCUCCAGGAGGAGGAUGACUUGUCGGAGUUUGGAGAUGAGGGGACCUGCAGUCCCACACCACCCUGCGGGAUCUCAAAACAGCAGGGGAAGUCCCCCGCAUCCUCCUCUACACCCCCAAACAAGACCAACAACUGCAAGAACCACAACAAUAAGUCCUUGCCACAGCCCAAAGACAAAGAGGACAAGAACAAGACCAAGAGCAAAGCAAGCACGCCACCCAAGGAGGAGCCAGUGAUAGUGGAGCCCUCUAAGAAAGGCUCCAAGAUUGCCAGCCUCAUCCCCAAAGGAAGCAAAACUUCUGCAGCCUCUGUGAAGAAAGAAAGUGCAAUCCCUGCCUCUAGCAGCAUCCCCAAGCCUGGUCUGAAGGCUCCAACAGCAACCGCCAAGCCUGCAGCAAGCCAAUCCAGUGUACCUGCAACUAGUGUACCUGCUACAGGUGGUGAGAAAACCAAACUUAGUAAAGGUAGUCAGUCUAUAUAUAUGCAGAGAUCUUUGGGAGGAUAUGAGAAUCGGAAGACCAGCAUGGUGUCAUCAACCAGUACCUCAGCACUUUCUGGAUCCGCCACAUCUGGGCUGGGUGGUGGAGGAGCUUUAGGAGGUAAUGGGACAGUACAACUUCCCCAGCAGCAACAACACAACCAUCCCAACACGGCAACCGUCGCCCCCUUCAUGUAUCGGACAUAUUCAGAGAAUGACUGCACAACUGUGUUCCCCCCUGAACCAUAUCUCAGUCCCACAAAAGACCUGGUCUACAGCAAGACCGCCAAACAGUGCCUGGAGGAGAUCUCAGGAGAGGAUCCAGAAACUAGACGGAUGCGUACGGUGAAGAACAUUGCCGACCUGAGACAGAAUCUUGAAGAAACCAUGUCUAGUUUGCGUGGGACACAGAUUAGCCACAGUACACUUGAGACGACAUUCGACACCACUGUAACUACAGAAGUGAACGGUCGUGGCCUCCCUGCCCUCUCAAGCCGCUCCUCCCAAAUGUCUUGGCGUCUCGGCCAAGCGUCGAGCCCCCGUCUUCAGGCCGGUGAUGCUCCUAGCUAUGCUUCGCCCAGAUCCAGUGCCGGCACCACUGGUCGCUAUGGUGACCCCUCAAGGUUGUUAUACACUGCCCCCCUGAGGAGAGCGGCCGCCUCAGGGGUUCGAGGGUCAGAGCCGGGAGAAAAAGUUGGGAUUUCGGAGGCGGGGCCAGAGGUGGACGUGACCGGAUACGGUAGCGAUGGUGACAUACUCGCCAAGAAUGUACACGCAGAUGAUAUCAGUGGGUACCACACAGAUGGAGGGCUUUACUCUCGGAAUGUCGACCUCUACUCUCGAAAUGUUGGACGCCCACCAGAGAUGACACCUGCUCAAGAGGUCGUUCAGAAAGGGGUCAAAGAGAUGCAAGGGGAAGACAGCUGGGAUGACAGUAGUUCAGUCAGCAGUGGUUUGAGUGAUACUUUAGAUAACAUCGGCACUGACGAUCUGAAUCCACCCACGUAUUCUGGCAUCUCAUCUCGCGAAAGCAAAGCAGCACAGUCAAAUAAAGAUACACACAGACAUACCGAGCAGGAUGCUAGCAGCUGGGUUGGUGCUGAGGAUCUGAGGAAGGUUGAUGAAGAGAUGGAGCCAGGGAUGGACAAGUGGAAGACUUCAUCCCCUUCCUCCUCAUGUCAGGGUGAGGAUGUUGGCCAGAAGACAGGUUUGUCCAUGUCUCAAACAGGCUCCUGGAGGAGGGGCAUGAGUGCCCAGGUUAGCAUCACACCACCACGGACCAAAGGCACAUCCACCUCUCUCAAAACACCAGGUAAAACUGAUGAUGCCAAGGCAUCUGAGAAAGGCAAGGCCCCAUCUAAGAGCCCAAGUAUCCAGCGCUCACCAUCAGAUGCGGGCAAGGGUAGCGGAGAUGAAGGGAAGAAGCCACCCUCAGGAAUUGGUCGACCGCCUACCACAAGCUCGUUUGGCUUUAAGAAGAUUCCGGGUCCCGCCGGAGCCCUCAUCACUGCCAGCGGAGCCACUCUGGCCAGUGGUUCCGCUACUCUAGGCAAGGUACCCAAAUCUGCAGGCAUCGGGAAGGGCACAGGAAUCGGUAAUGGGCAGAAAACAAGUCUUGAUGGUGCUCAACACCAGGACGACGCUGUUUUGUUAGGUUGUGGAGGCUCAAAGGUUCCACUCCAGUAUCGCUCCCUACCUAGACCGGCAAAGUCAUCAAGUGUGGGAAGCAGCGUGGUGGGCCGGAGCGGCCAUCGUUCUAGCUCUAGCAGCAUUGAUUCGAAUGUCAGCGGAAAGUCUGCGGGAGGGAGUGGAGGAGUGGUAGGAACCCCAACCAGCACAAAGAGAAGAGACCCUGGGAAAGUAGGAUCAGGACGCUCAAGUCCAGUCACCAUCAACCAGACGGAUAAGGAGAAAGUGGCAGGGUCGGAUCAGGAGGGAACAGGGUUGUCCACCUCCCCCAAAUCCAGUCCCACUUCCACCCAAACUGGACUCAGACAGCCAGGCUCCAAAUACCCAGACAUUGCAUCCCCCACAUUCCGCAGGUUGUUUGGCAGUAAGGCCAGCAGUAAACCCAGUUCCCCUGGUACCCCUGACUCUGGUAAAUGCCCAUCAGCUCUGGGCAGCCCCCAUGGCACACUGGCGCGGCAGGCCAGCCUGGAUUCACCCUCCUCAGGAACAGGUAGUCUUGGCAGCAUGGGUGGGCAGAGCGGAGGCAGCAGCCCGCUAUAUGGCAAAACGCCCGAUCUGUGUACUGACUCCCUGGCUUCUAGUCCGGCGUCAGGCCUCUCUCUGCCCUCUAACGCCCGGCCUUGGCCACCAAACCUCAGCAGUUCAUCUGCAGGCAGUAAAGACACACUGAGCUGCCACAGUAUGACCAGUUUACACACAAGCUCAGAGUCCAUAGACCUGCUGCUCCCACACCACCAUGGGCCAAAAGUCACCCGCACGGGCAGUGUCAAGUCCACCCUCUCUGAGGGCAUGCCUCUUGACAGAAACACUCUCCCCAAAAAGGGAUUAAGGUACCCUCCGUCCUCCAGACAGACGUCACACGAGGAAGGAAAGGAAUGGUUGCGUUCUCACUCCACUGGAGGACUGCAGGACACAGGAAGUCCACUUUCACCACCGGGCACAACCAGUAUCAACACCGGCAAAUACCACUACUCAAACCUGCUGAGCCCCACCAGUAUGUCGCAGUAUAAUCUUCCCAGCACCAGUAUGAGCCGCUCCAACAGUAUUCCAGCACAGGACUCGUUCGAGCUGUACGGGGAGGGACACAAUUUGGGUGGCAGUGCCACCUCGCUGGAGGAACGGCCACGUGGGAUGAGUCGGUCCGGCUCCUUCCGGGACAGCACAGAUGAAGUUCAUGGUUCUUCUCUAUCUUUGGUCUCGAGCACAUCAUCUUUGUAUUCUGCGGUGCUGGCAUUUUUAGACAAGACGGAGGAGAAGGCCCACUCGGAGUCUUUCUUGUGUCUCUACUAA